AUGGAUUUUCUGAAAAUUUCUGUUGACGAGUACAGGAAACUACAAGAAAAGCUUCAACAACUUCAGUCGAAGGCUGACACGAAGACAGAAACUAUAGUGAGGUUAGGCAAAGAUUUGCAAUUCACUCAAGAAGAAAACCGUCUGAUUAAAGCGAGAUCGUUGACGUUAGAUAGGAACAUGGAGCGGCUGGAAUUGGAAGUGCAAAAAUAUGCAGCUAAUGAGCUCAAUAUCAAAGCAAACUUCAAAUUAGAAAAGAAGCAAUUAAUGGAUGAAGUUCAAAGUUUGAGAAAGGAUUUAGCUGCAUUGCUGAAGGAAAAAGAGGAGCUGAAAGCUGAAAAAAUUGACCUGCAGAACGACUGUAAACUCUUCCGACAACGUAUUGCCAAAUAUGAGGUUGCAACAUUGGGUGGUUCGAAUGCGAUUGUACAUAACGAUAUUGGUCCCAAUAAAAAAAUCGUGCAAGAUAUGGGUGUCGAUGAGCUUGAACGGUACGAAAAGCUCUACAAAGAAGUUAGUUGA